UAAACACAUAACGGACAAACACGUGCUUUUUUUGGCUAAUUUUCUUUUUCGUUUUUCCUCUGAAUUUAGUUGUUGAUUUAAAUCAAAAACCGUUUAAUCGCGUAAAUUUUCGUGUUGAAAAAUGCGUUGCGAAAUAUGCCGGAAGUGGUUGCCGACAAUGAAAAAACUGUUAUUUCACUACGUGCGUCAACAUUCGAAAAUAAUUUUGGCCGGAGAACUUAUGAAAUUGAAUUCCAAAAGCGCUGUCCCUCGAACCAAAAUCAAAAAACUCAGAAAAAUAACUGCGAAUAAUAAAAGAUCUGAAACUAUUUUUGCCAAUGAUAACGUACAAAUUUUGUGCAGGAAUAAUGAAAUUAUUAUAAGGGAUGAUAAAAGUUUCAUUGAUAUGGAGUUUUCUUUUGAUGACAACAACAACAACAAUACCAAUACACUUAUUGAAGAAGAAAACAACAAUCAACCUAAAGAAUUCAAAAAACUAUUAACAUUCAGAACCAAAAAACCUACAACCAUAACAACCCCACCGAGUAGCGCAUCUUCAGAAGACUGUUUCAAACAAUUCCAAUUCAAAAAACGCAUCAAACGCAAAAGGGACACAAGAAAUUACAAAAUAAACAUAACCAGAAGCAAAAAUUACCACUCCUUGAACGAAAACACCGGAGUAUUUUAUUUAUGCCAUUGCAGAAAAGACAAUGAAAUGAAAAUCGAAGAUGAUAUAAAAUUGACUUCGGAUACGGAAUCUGCCUCUGAAACUGGACCCAGCCUUACUGCGUUUUGUACCAACUGCGGCAACGGAUAUGAAAAUGAUAAUUUGCUUUCACAGCACAUGAAAAUAUAUAAGACUUAUUGUGGAGUGUGCAAUAAAAUAUUUCCCACAGAAGAAUUAUUCAAGGAACACGUUGAAACUCACAAGCUCAAAAUUUUUGUGUGCCAUAUUUGUAACCAAGAGUUUCAUACCAAAGAUAUUUUGUAUAAACAUUUUGAGACUCAUGUAGAAGAUUCUUUAUUAGAGUCGGUAGUUGAUAUGGAGGAGAAAUAUAAUGUAGUUCCUCAAAACGUUCCAGAUGCAGACCACCAAAAGGAAGUAUUUUAUGGGGAGUACGAGAGCCAUGUACAAAACAUGCACACGAUCUAUGGAUUUGAUAAUAAUGAUAAUUAAGUAUAUUUUUUUAAAAUUAUGACUGAUCUUAUUUGUGUGAUAUUUUAUUUUGUUAUAUUAGGCUUAGUCUAGAUUAUUUUCUUUGGGGAUUUCAAGUUUAAUUUUGUUUUGGUUUUUGGUUGAUUUAUGAGAAAUAUUUUUUUUGUUUAUCGGGAAUUAAUUGUUUUAGUGGCCUUCAAGUAUUUAUAAGAAUUAUCUUAUGUUUGUUUGACAAGACUUUUUAGUCUUAGGACUGAUCUCUGCAAUCUUUAUUUUUGUUUGUGAUACUUAUUUUCAAAGAAUAUUUAUUUAGUUAUAUAUGAAUUAUUCAAUAUUAUUUUUAGUUUAUUUUGUUGGGUUUUUGAAAUUUAAGUAUUUAUUUUUUGUUUGAUAGGGAAUUUAUAAUUAAUAAAAUUACCAAGAAAAAUCAUUUAUUUCAUUGCUGGCGUCUAUCCAUCCAUACACUAUAUCGACUUUGCCCCUACACCUACUAAUAAAUACAUGAAAACUAUUACAGAGCAUACACAAAGCUCCAAUACAACAAAUUAUAAACCAAAAACAAAACGGGAAAUACUACUCUGGCUUUUCGGUCAAUCCAAAUGGCAACCUCUUGCGGAGUCAUUUCGGCCCAAGCCUGUUGAGUCGGAGUGGGACAUCCAGAAUCUGGAUUUGGAUUUUGUCCGUCGUCAGAAGUAGUGGUUAUUGUUGGAACAUUAA